GGGGGGUGAGUGUAUGGGGCGUUCUCCUUCACCUCAGUCUCUUCUGUUUCUCUUCUCUCCAUUGCGUGUUCUACUCCCUCUCUCUGUUUCGAGCCCAUUGAGGAGUUCUGAACGAAGAGGCAGAAGUCGGGACAGAAGGAGCGCCGCAGCGAGAGUUCCCAGGGUGAGUGAGUUUAAGCGAAGUUCAUCUGUGAAUGUUGGAAAUAAUGGAGAGCUUCAAAGACCUUCUGCAGAAGCUGCAUGAAGCCCAUGAACGAGAAGUGGAAGUGUUGCAGGUGAAAGUCAAAGAGCUGUCCAACAAGAAGGGCUGCGACACAAAGCGAAUGGAGGAACUCUACACCAGAAACCAGCAGAUGAAGGAGCAGCAGAGAUUACUGACAGAGAACAUCAAGACUCUAGAAAACAGACUGAGAGCCGGUCUGUGUGACAGAUGUACAGUAAGCCAAGAGGUCACCAAGCGGAGACAGCAGGAGUACGAAGCCUCACGCAUACAGAGCCUCCAGCACAUCUCCCUCCUUGCUGGAGAGAUGACCAACCUUCGGAAAGAGAAUCUUAAACUUAAAGAUGACGUUGCUAGUUUAAGAGCAGCACUUGAAAGUUGCAGCGAGCACAAUAAUAACAACAACAACUCUGUCGACGUCAAGCCAAAGAUGUCUCCUGACCUUCUGUCCCCUGGAGCCGUAGCCCUGGUCAGCCCAACCAUCAGUUGGUCCAGAGACCAACCAGCAGACGGUGAUGUACUGGUGAAGACUGAGGCAGAGCACAGAGGUGAAGAAACUGUAUGCAGGCUGUUGAGAGGCACAAACCGAAGUAGUUUUGAAGUAUACAAGCCUCAGCCAACUUUAGCAUCAUCAUCCUGGAAGACAGAACACAGAGUAAAUCGAGGUGUAGAGAAGAGCGUUGAAGCUCUUGAUCAGCAUUCCUCCAUCCAUACCCCACAUCUUCGGAAGAAGUCCUCCUCCUCACCAAGUGGAGAGGUGAGACCAAGCAGACCUGUGAUCCACGCUCCAAUCCCCUGCCAUCCCAAACCAGUCAAGAGUGGCCCCGUCUCUCUGCCCUGGCCUCUAUCUGAAGGCCCGAACUGGGGUCCCAUGGCAGCUGUGGGAGCCAACCCGGCAUUGCAGAACCCUUCCAACAGGCUUCAAUUGUCACGCCUCUCCAGCUUGAUCUCACCAAUCUCACAAGCCACCACCAGAAGGCAUGGUUUUGAUUCUUCAUGGCAGAGCCAAAAGCAGAGCACGCCUCAGCCCCCUAAAGAACCAACAGUGGUGUUCACAUUCAGGAGGAUGCCAGAGAACAUAGAGAAUGAAACUAAGCCCGUAGAGAAAACAGAAAGCCCACCUUCCAAGACUCAGAAAGUCUCUGGAGAAGAACUUAGAGAGAGCUCAGAUGGGCCUCUGGACCUUUCCGAUCGAGCAAAGACUAAAUCUAACCAACCUGGAAAUGAUGAUAGUCCCAUCGCCUUGCACUGCGAGGGAGACGUACAGAGGAGCCCUGACAGAAAUGUGAAUACAGCGAUACCCGUGUCAUCACCUUCACUCAAUUCCCUCCCUUCUUCCUCCUCCUCUACGCCCAUCAAACAAGAACAACAGUUGAUCAGUGAUCAUAACCAUGAGGUCAAAGAUCAGGAUAAAAAGGAGGAAGCAAAUGAUAAAACGGAGCAAAGCAACGGAAAGAAAGUUCCUGUCCUCACUCUGUCAUUACGUCCAGCACUGGUAAGGCUAGAGACCCUGACAUCUGCGCUACAGAAGCAAGAGUCGAUAUCGUCAAACGGCAAGCAAAAGUGUCCUUCUAUUGCGAGCCCCUGUGCUUCCUCAGCAUCGCCACAGUCCUCGUCUUCAGCAAAUGAGGCCGACAGCAGCCUGGACGAGCAGGAAGACAAGAGUGGGUCGGGUCAGGAGAGCAAGGCAGGCCGCAGGAGAAAGAGACUUCACAUAGAGACCGAAACUGACAGAGACUCAGACACAAACAAGAUGCACCAGGAGAGAAGGUUCAAGAUCACAGUGAGAACCGAGGAGAGGAGCCCCAGCUAGACAGAAGGAUGGAAAUCACGCCUGGACGCUCAGACUGACAAGUAGUUACCGAUUUCCUCCCACACGGAGGCAGCGUGGCGAGAUGCACACCCAGCACUGACUUCAUCAAACAUCCUCAACGCUCUGCCGCGGAAAGGAACGGCUUAUUUGCAUAUUGUUCUUCUUUCAUCAGCAUGACGCCUAACCAGCUUCCACUCCCUUUUAGAUCAGUUUUUGUGUGUGGGGGUGUGUGUGUGUGCAGAACGUGAUCAAAAUAUCACAUGUGCAACCUAUUAUACGCCUUCAUUUACAUGUAGAGGUUGUAACUUUGCAAAUGCAGGUUGCAACAAUAUGUUACGACUUAAUAUUUGUCACCUACAGAAAAUAGCAGCAAUCUGUGGGUUUGUCGGCAGAAGUGACAGACAUUAGUCUGCUGAUUAGGUAUUUUAACAAGUUAUUCUUAUGUUGUGUGUGUGCCUGUCUCUCUCUUUCUGAGUGUUCCUUCUAUCCUCUGAACAUGCUAAACCAACAGUAGUGUCACCUCGCAACAUGUUGCGUCGUAGUGAAUGCAUCGUAGUCGACGCAAAAACCGAGCGGCUCGGAUUUUGGGACGAUAACUAAUCCUCGGCUCCAGCAGCUUCAAGAGUAGCCGCCCUGUUUAAACUCCGUCACACAACCAGCAUGUGGAGCCAGAAAAAAGUUCUUAGUUCCAAGCAGAUUUCUUCUGGUUUUGCUGUUUUGUCACAUGUCAAAAAAACGACACACUGAGUUACAAAGCAGUUUUCAAAUGAUGACAUCAUUCAUGGCCUUCCGUGAAACAUAAUUUCUACCGCUGUUAAAGUCUUGACUAGCCUGUGAUUGAUCAGGGUGUUUAUUUUUUUGUUUUUUUUUUUGUUUUGUUUCAGUUUUACUGUAGCAUUAAGAAAUCACUUAAACAGCUCUGGUCUCACAUGAUCUGAAAAACGAGCACAUCAUGCCCAGACCUACAGAAAUGAAUUAGUGUCACGUGUUGUGUCGUGUUAAAUAUGUGGUCGGAAUAAAAACGGAACAGUUUUCUUUUAUGA